CUACGCACCAGACACGCAGGACAGGACUUCCUCCCCACACCGGGCUGGGCGGGGCAAGCGGGAAGGGGCCUGUUGUAGCUGAGGUGACACAUCUCUGCUUGGGCAGCCCAAGCAGCAGCCGGGUCAACAGGCAACGGGAGCACAAGCCACCCUUCCCCAGGGACUCCAGAAUGGACUUGUGCCACCCAGACCCAGUGGAGCUGAGCAGUGUGGAAACUGAGGAGCUGCAGCAGAUCAAGUGGCAUCGGAAGCAGCUUCUGGAGGACAUCCAGAAGCUGAAGGAUGAGAUCGCAGAUGUGUUUGCCCAAAUCGACUGCUUCGAGACCGCACAGGAGAGCCGGAUGGCUCAGAAGGAGAAGGAGCUAUGCAUUGGGCGCAAGAAGUUCAAUAUGGACCCCGUGAAGGGCAUCCAGUAUCUCACUGAGCACAAGCUGCUGACCCCGGAUGCCCAGGACAUCGCCCAGUUCCUGUAUAAGGGCGAGGGCCUCAACAAGACGGCCAUCGGCGCCUACCUGGGGGAGAGGGACCCCAUCAACCUGCAGGUCCUCCAGGCCUUCGUGGACUGCCAUGAGUUCGCCAACCUCAACCUCGUCCAGGCCCUCAGGCAGUUCCUGUGGAGCUUCCGGCUGCCUGGCGAGGCCCAGAAGAUCGAUCGGAUGAUGGAAACCUUUGCCACUCGAUACUGCCUCUGCAACCCGGGCGUCUUCCAGUCCACAGACACCUGCUACGUCCUGUCCUUCUCCAUCAUCAUGCUCAACACCAGCCUCCACAACCCCAACGUCCGGGACAGGCCGCCCUUCGAGCGCUUUGUGUCCAUGAACCGCGGCAUCAAUGACGGCAGCGACCUGCCCGAGGAGCAGCUGCGGAACCUCUUCGACAGUAUCAAGAGUGAGCCCUUCUCCAUUCCUGAGGAUGACGGCAAUGACCUCACUCACACCUUUUUCAACCCUGACCGCGAGGGCUGGCUGCUCAAGCUGGGAGGCCGCGUGAAGACGUGGAAACGGCGCUGGUUCAUCCUGACCGACAGUUGCCUCUACUACUUUGAGUUCACCACUGACAAGGAGCCACGGGGAAUCAUACCCCUUGAGAACCUCUCAGUGCAGAAGGUGGAUGACCCCAAGAAGCCAUUCUGCCUUGAGCUCUACAACCCCAGCUGCCGGGGCCAGAAGAUCAAAGCCUGUAAGACCGAUGGAGACGGCAAGGUGGUGGAGGGCAAGCACGAGUCUUACCGGAUCUCAGCCUCCAGCGCGGGGGAGAGGGACCAAUGGAUCGAGGCCAUCCGAGCCAGCAUCACCCGGGUCCCCUUCUAUGAUCUGGUCUCUGCUCGGAAGAAGAAGAUUGCCAGCAAGCAGUGAGCUUCCUGGGAGGUGGUGCUGGGGGCCAGGCAUCUGGGGUACCCCAUGACUGUGAUAACUGGAGACUCGCCUGCAGCUACCCUCCCCCUCCCACAUUACUUCAAGCCAACAGGAGGGGGAGAUAGAGCUCAGGAGGGUAGGUUGGAACUGCCGAGGGCUCAGAGUGGGCAGUGGGGCCCCUCAGCUCCCAGCUGCUGCCAGGAGAGACCUGAGGAAAGCAGGCGAAGAGGAACCAGCCCCAGAACCCGGCCCCCCCAGCUUCUCUCUGGGCCUCAGUUUCCUCUUCUGUGAAAGUCUCCUUGCACUCUGAAAUGCCAUCGGUCCUCACGGUGGGAAGGGCCAUGGGCCCCUGAGCUCUGUCUCCGACGCACUGUGUGCCCUCUGCCCAAGUCACACUCCUCCUCUUGUUCUUGGAAAACUACAGUGUUUGGAGGGAAAUGUCAUGGGGCCACUGACUGUGCUCCCUGCAACCCCGCCGGGGACAGUAGGCACGGCCGGUGCGCUGGCCACCUCCCUCCUCUCAGACUCUUCCUUCCGGCAGAACAUCGCACAGGGCUCCCUAAGGAGCUUCGGGCUGGAGAUAUCUGCACUUAUUUACUGAGCAGGAGGGGACUCUGGACCUAAAGCUGCUGGAGAACUGAGAGCAGAGUGGGCUCCACCCUCAGGAGGUCCAUUUCGGGGGAGGAGCAGGUAAGGGUCCUCAAGAAAAUGGCAGAGUAACCCCAGAGAGACGUGCUGCAGCAGGACUGGUGAUACAAUCAAGAAGCCAAGAAGAGAAAGUUUGGCAGGUGUGGUUACCAAGAGGGCUGCCUGGAGGCAGCGGCCAAGCCAAUGAGUAGCACAGAAGCUCAAGGCAGAGUCUCAGCCAAGGCUUUCCUGCGACACCACUGACUGUGGGUCCUGUGGUAGUGAGGGGCGGCCCCACUGGGUCCCUGUAUCCUGAGACCCUCUGCGGCAGCACCAUCCAGAGUUGAGCUGACUUAGCACAUUGGCAGGUGGCUCAGUCUCCAGCGAGGCUCCAGCCUGGAGGAGGAUUCCACGAACAAGCUUCUGAGAAGCACUUCUCACGCCUUCACCCGGGCCCUGGGGGAGGCCCUGGAGGGAAGCUCCCUGGCAGAAAAGCAGGAUAUGAGGUUGCCUCUGCCCCACCACCAGCCUCAGCAGGCAAGUGGCUCCCCAGGGGAGGGGAGGCAGCUCCUCCUGCCCUUCACCCCCACCCCCAGCGCGCACCUUCCAUGGGGUCAGGAUGGAGUAGCUGACUCAUGGGGCAGGGAGGUCCUGUCUCUGGGAGCGUGCCAGUGCCUGGAGAUGACAUUGCACUGAAGAGGGUCUGGGUUGGGCAACAGCAGGAGGAGGUCCUGCAGGGCAUUUCAGGACUUCCACAGACCCCACGUCCGCCUGGGAGCUGAGCGCCACCUCUGCCACCACAUUGGCCCAUGAAAGGGCAGCCAGGGGUCAUGGAGAGGGCACUGAUCUGGGACUCAUGGCGUCCGAGGUCCUCUCCUGCCACAGGCAUACAGUGGUUGUGUCGUCUUGGUGCACUCCCUCCCCGCUCUCUGGUCCUCAGCUCCUCUCUGUCACUGAGCGGGUAGAAUCAGUGGUUUCUGGCCGUGAGUGGCUGUUUGGGAAUCACUCAGAAGAGAGAAUAAAGCUCGUGAGCC